AUGUUAAUUUUUGACGAUGAUGGUGAUGAUAGAAUUGACUUACUGAAUCCGUACCCUACACCCAUGUACUAUGUAGCUUACAUGAAGCUCAAGUUCGGUGAGAUGGAACAGAAUUCAGGACACUGUGGCAAGACAGGUUUUGGUGAAAACAAAACAGGCAAAGUGGGGCCUCCUCUCAAUAUCAUGCUGGGCGCAUUGAACUGCACGGCUUUCAGCAUCCAGUGGAAAAUGCCAAGGCAUCCUGGGAGCCCUGUCAUUGGGUAUACUGUCUUCUACUCUGAGGUUGGCAUAGAUAAGUCCCUGCAGGAGCGGUCCCAGAAUGUGCUGCUCAGCCAGGGCACCCCAACCACGGUGGAAGUGAUUGGAGAUUUGAAACCAGGCACUGAAUAUCGAGUGAGCGUAGCAGCUUACAGCCAGACUGGCAAAGGGCGGCUCAGCUCUCCUCGGCAUGUAACCACUUUGCCCCAAGAUUCCUGUCUGCCUCCAACAGCACCUCAGCAGCCGCACGUCACUGUGGUUUCUGAUUCUGAGGUGGCCCUGUCUUGGAAACCUGGAAAAAGUGAAGGAAGCUCCCCUAUUCAGUACUAUUCUGUGGAAUUCAUCAGACCAGAUUUCGACAAGAGUUGGACCUUAUUCCAAGAGCAGAUCCAGAUGGACUCCAUGGUCAUCAAGGGCCUCGAUCCAGAUACCAACUACCAGUUUGCUGUGAGGGCCGUGAAUCCCCAUGGCUCCAGCCCCCGCAGCCGGCCCAGUGACACCAUCCGAACCUUCCGCCCCGAGGAAGUAGGAAGUGGCCGCUACGGACCCCAUUAUAUAACCGACAUGGGAGCCGGCGAGGAUGAUGACGGAUUUGAAGACGACUUAGAUUUGGAUAUCUCCUUUGAGGAGGUUAAACCACUUCCUGCUAUCAAAGGAGGGAAUAAGAAAUUUUUGGUGGAAUCCAAGAUGGCUCCUAGACCAAACUCAAUGACCAGUUCUAGGCUUGUCCCCCCUACCCCAGCAUCUCUCCCUACGACUACAGUGGCUCCCCAACCCACUCCAGUGGAGAGAAAGGGGAAGGAUGGCAUGGCUGUGAUGCCGAGGCUCUUUGAGCUGUCUUGUGAUGAAACUCUCUGCUCUGCUGACAGCUUUUGUGUCAAUGACUACACCUGGGGGGGUUCGCGAUGCCACUGCAUCCUGGGCAAAGGUGGUGAGAGCUGCUCAGAAGAUAUUGUUAUACAGUAUCCUCAGUUUUUUGGCCACUCCUUUGUAACCUUUGAACCUCUGAAGAACUCCUAUCAGGCAUUUCAAAUUACUCUUGAAUUUAGGGCAGAGGCGGAGGACGGCUUACUGCUCUACUGCGGGGAGAAUGAACACGGGAGGGGUGACUUCAUGUCCCUGGCGAUCAUCCGACGCUCACUCCAAUUCAGGUUCAAUUGUGGAACUGGGGUCGCCAUCAUCAUAAGUGAGACCAAAAUCAAACUAGGGGGUUGGCACACGGUUACGCUCUACCGAGAUGGGCUGAACGGGCUGCUGCAGCUGAACAAUGGCACCCCGGUGACAGGCCAGUCCCAGGGCCAGUACAGUAAAAUUACCUUCCGGACACCUCUCUAUCUUGGUGGAGCUCCCAGUGCUUACUGGUUGGUCAGAGCAACAGGAACAAACCGAGGCUUUCAAGGCUGUGUGCAGUCUCUCACUGUUAACGGGCAGAGAAUCGACAUGAGGCCUUGGCCACUGGGGAAAGCACUCAGUGGGGCCGAUGUGGGGGAAUGCAGCAGUGGGAUCUGUGAUGAAGCCUCGUGCAUCAAUGGCGGCACCUGCACAGCAAUCAAAGCCGAUUCCUACAUUUGCCUCUGUCCCCUGGGAUUUAAAGGUCGACACUGUGAAGAUGCUUUCAGCUUGGCCAUCCCUCUAUUCAGAGAGUCCCUGAGAUCAUAUGCUGCAACACCCUGGCCACUGGAGCCCCAGCAGUACCUUUCCUUCAUGGAGUUUGAGAUUACGUUUCGGCCGGACUCGGGAGAUGGCGUCCUCCUGUACAGCUAUGAUACAGGGAGCAAAGACUUCUUGUCCAUCAACAUGGCAGGGGGCCACGUGGAGUUCCGCUUUGACUGUGGCUCUGGGACUGGUGUUCUCAGGAGUGAAGACCCCCUUGCCCUGGGCCACUGGCACGAGCUGCAUGUAUCUCGCACAGCGAAGAAUGGUAUCUUACAGGUGGAUAAGCAGAAGGUCGUGGAGGGAAUGGCGGAGGGAGGCUUCACACAGAUUAAGUGCAACACGGACAUUUUUAUUGGUGGAGUCCCCAAUUACGAUGAGGUGAAGAAGAACUCGGGCAUCCUCAAGCCAUUCAGUGGGAGCAUCCAGAAGAUCAUCCUGAAUGACCGAACCAUCCACGUGAAGCAUGACUUUACCUGGGGCGUGAACGUGGAGAAUGCAGCCCACCCCUGCGUAGGGGACCCCUGCGCCCACGGGGGCAGCUGCCGGCCCAGGAAGGAGGGCUAUGAAUGUGACUGCCCCUUGGGCUUCGAGGGGCUGCACUGCCAGAAAGCGAUCACAGAAGCCAUUGAGAUUCCGCAGUUUAUCGGCCGCAGUUACCUGAUAUAUGACAAUCCAGAUAUCCUCAAGAGGGUGUCAGGAUCAAGAUCAAAUGCAUUCAUGAGGUUUAAGACAACUGCCAAAGAUGGCCUGUUGAUGUGGAGAGGAGACAGCCCCAUGAGGCCCAACAGUGACUUCAUUUCCUUGGGCCUUCGGGAUGGAGCCCUGGUGUUCAGCUACAAUCUGGGCAGUGGUGUGGCAUCCAUCAUGGUGAACGGCUCCUUCAAUGAUGGUCGGUGGCACCGAGUCAAGGCUGUUAGGGAUGGCCAAUCGGGAAAGAUAACUGUGGAUGACUAUGGGGCCAGAACAGGCAAAUCACCUGGCAUGAUGAGGCAGCUCAACAUCAAUGGAGCUCUGUAUGUGGGUGGAAUGAAGGAAAUUGCUCUGCAUACUAACAGGCAGUACAUGCGAGGCCUCGUGGGCUGCAUCUCUCAUUUCACCCUGUCCACCGAUUACCACAUUUCCCUUGUGGAAGAUGCCGUGGAUGGGAAAAACAUCAACACUUGUGGAGCCAAGUAACACCAGCUGGCCUUGCCCAAGGGACAGAGCCUUCUAUCCUGAGAAUCCUGGGGGCCCCGAGACCCUGCCUGAUGCCAUACACAGAGGCACGGGGACCAGGUGUGUUUCCUCUCAUCAAGGAGAAAGUACACCCUGAUGAGAAACCAGAACCAAGAUAGGAGUCCCGUGUGGCCUUUCCUGCUGACACUCUGUGGGCCAAACCCAAUGGAAUACUCUGUGUAGCAAGCAUCGGACUUUGUCCAUUGAAUGUGUAGUGGCUGCCAGAGAUCACACAUCAAUGCAAAUUCCAGAGCCUGUCUGCUGUAGCUCAAUGACUAUGGUGUGAUUCAUAGUGCAUAAAAAAAGAAAGGAAAAAAAAAAGAGAGAGAGACCCAAAGGGCAGCAUUAAAAUACUUUUCUCCUUCCCUGACUCAUGACACACUUACUGACAACGGAAUGACUGUGUGACCUUAAACUUCGAAUUUCCCACCUUGGCCCAUGAAUUAUUAGGAUUAACCCCUUCCACGCCUCACUGGCUGGUUCAAUGUGCUCUGAUGAUUCCAUGAAAAUAAGGAAGAGGGGAGACUAGACAUAGAAUCAUAAUCAUAAUCCUGCCCCCCUAAAGUUGACCUUUAAUGAGAAGUCCCUACUUUUUAUAAUGCAAAUCUAAGAAAAUGGACGCCCUGAUUUUGUAGCUGUCCUUUUGUAUGUGUAUAUUUUUAUAGCUGCAGGUUGUCCACACAGUAUACUUUUGCAAGUUUGGGUGGACGACCCUGAAUUCUUUGCACACUUCCUAAAAAUUUUCUCCCAGAUGAGACUUGUUCAGGCCCUUUGUGGCAUCAGUGGAAUGGGAUAGGUAAUUUGGGGUGGGCACCUUAGAGAGAUGACCAUUCUUUUUCUGUAAAUGUUGAUGGCUCUAGGAGAUGAAUAUGAAGCUUCCAAAAUAAGCAGAUUAAAAGGCACAUGUGUUACUGGGGUGGGUCACUGUCAUUUUUGUUUUAAGACAGGGGAGUGUCUGUAGUAAACUUGAAUAAAGAAGAUGAAGAAGGCUAGAACUCA